AGGGCUUAAAUCGAAGCUUACGAGAAUUAUGUCCCCGCCAGGACAGCAGGAGCAGCAGGCGCCAGUCCGCGCAGCGCGUCGGGCGCGUUUCAUAUUCUUUUCGAACGUGGACGGCGAGGAGCGCGCGUUUGCGCUCGAAUUUCCGGGCGCCUUGCCGAAGAACGCGGAAGAGCAGGUCUGGAGUAUCCUCGAAGCCUUCGCGCCGUCUGAUGCCGCAACCGCCAGCGCGGACCGAUUCUUGCAGCAACUGCAGAAGUACGUCGCGGCAGAAUUCGAAAAAGUGAACUUACCCUGUCCGCGAGUCACCAGAUACCCUCAGAGUUUGCCGUCCGCAGCGUCGUUGAAGACCGCCGGCAAGCACAGCCCGUGUUCCGCACACGGAAACAAGCGUUUGGAAGGUGCGACGGGCGCCGGUCCAGAAUCACCAUCGUACGUGUUAGGAGCAGCACACGAAGGUGCUGGGGGUCAUGCCGUAGUUGCGUAUACCAGAUCUGCUGGUUCCUUCUCCGCGGUAUCCCCGCCGGUACACGUCGACACCGAGAGCGUACUCGACCGGCGGUGCGAUCAAACCGAAACAAUGGUCGCACCCACAGUGCCGCGCCUCUCUGGACGCACCAGCACGUCUUCAUCACAGCCCGAAAGGUUUUCUUUCGCCCACCGUCAGAGUGACCAGCCGCGUGUGACCCUGCCGGUCGCGGAAAGCCUGGGUUUUUUGCAGGAGCAGGAGGGAGUUGCUGCGAAUGUUCGGGUGCAGGAACUGAAAGUUGUCGAGACGAGGAGGGGAAGAGAUCCACCUGCUGCAGAAGGUACUCAUAUUUUUGUUCUUGGUCACACAAUGUGAUGAGAGGCGGGUGUUCUAAAUCCUCAUGCCCCGAAAUAGGAACGCAUGCUGACCGUUGUCGGUAAGUACCCAAAAUCCAAUCCCCACCAGUUCUGCAACCUAUGGAAGCAUCGGACUCGUACGAGUACUGGCGAGGACUCUCUGCUGCCGCCUCUACUGGUGAUCUGCCGCGGGAUACCCGCCGCCGCACUCGCAGCCGCACCGGAGCAAAGUAUGAAGACCGGGACGGGCCGCUUGAGCGAAGUCCCACGAUUCGCCUCCCGACGCAGGAGAAUGGCGCCACAUCGUGCCGCACAAACUCGAUUCCGCCCCGGGCAGCAUACUUGUUUCGCGAGCGCUCGGCCAGCCCCACGUCGGUCGCGGAAAAGGCGAAGAAUCGGUUUCGAUCGGCGAGCCCAAAACCGACAGCAACAGCAGGCCCAUCGUUUUCAUCACCCACGAAAAGUAGUCGGAGAGGCAAAGAACAUCUGUUCGUGGGCCAGGCAGGUGGUAGUUUUAAAGGUUCAACUACAAUUCGAUCUGCACAAGCCGGUCCGCUGAUCUCCUUGUCGACGCCCAUGCUGUUGCAGGGCGGUGGUUCUCUGCUGCGACCGCAAAGCAAACGAGACCAGAUCCGGGCACAGGAUCACGUGGACGACGAACACAAUGCAGCAUCUACACUAUCAAAGGGGGGAAGCAAAGGCCCCGCACUGUUUCUACUGCGCAAAAGCCCAGGACCCGUUGCGCGCAAGAUUGAGAACUGCGGCGGUACAGAGCCGAUUGAAUUUUUUGCUUCCGGAAUAAAGAGCAGAACUGGGAGCGAAGCUGCUCGGACUACCAACGGCAUUGACUCCCGAUCGAAGAACAACAUCACUGGACGCGAUCCUGCCGCGCCCGCGCGUUCCGUAAUCUUAGACAGCGACGACCUGACGGACCGCGGUAGCGAACAGGGCCAAGGCAUGGCUCGUGAGCAAAACAAGAAUGCAGUCUGCCGCCCCACCGUCCUGACAGCCUUCUCGCCAGCGGGAGAGCUCGUUGCUUCGCCUCCAGCCCUUGCGCAUAGUGGGGGUAAGAUGAACACACCGCAGCACAUAGCUACAUCGCCGUCACAGUACCAUCCGCCCUCGCAGGUUCAUCAUCAGAGCGAAACAAACAAUAAAUCCAAACUGACCAUCCGAAAGAAGCCGGACUCGCCACCACCCUCCCGGCGGAAGCCUCGCGAACCUUCGCGAACGCGGCAACUAGAGGACGGCGAUUCUUUGAUUCAAGGAAGAAAAGAAGUUCCUGAGUUGGAAAGACACACGAAAACCGAGACUAAGCCGCACUUCGCGGAUCCGCGCGUGAUGUCCCCGGUUCUGCGAGCGUCGCGAAACCGAACCCUGCAGCGCGUUGGGAGUCCGCCACGGCUGGAACGCGAGCAAGGGCCCGGGUCGUCCAAACCACCGCGUGCGACGAACUUGUUCAACUUGCCAACCGCUGCGGAGAACGACCACGACGCUAGUAAAGCAGCUGCUAUGGAACAGGUUCCGGAGGACGAGAAUGUUGUGUCGAAAAGCGAGCAAGACUUGAGCGGCAGUACGUCUGUGGUGGUCACAAAGAGCCAGUCGGACAAGCGAAAUGUGAAUGGCUUCCAGCACCACCGCACCGCAGACUCCUUGAACGCCUCCGCAAGUUUGGGAAACAGACUCUCGGCCUUGAAUGAGAAGGUGUGAAAGUUUGCAAUUUUAAAGCGCAAGCGCUACUAUUAAUCUUCCUUCGGCUUUAUCCUGGAGGUGAAUUUAGGACUACAAGUGGAAAUUGCAUAACUCUUUAGUGCAAGAUAUCGAUUACUUUCACCAAACUCUUUCAGGUAAACCAGUUCAUCCUGAUGCAACAAGCCCAGCAAGAGUUGGCUGUCGCUGGACGAGGUCCGCAGCAGACGAGUAUGCUGGAGACCAUGAACUCCGAGAAUCAGGCCCAAGAGUCCUGGUACAGCUUUCCGUUCAACAGCCAGCAGGGAACGCAGGAGCCGCGCUCGGACGAAGCUGUGGCGUUGUCAGGAACCAGGACAGUUGGCUCCUCGACGUCUUCGUCGUCGCUUAUUCCGCGUGGAAGUGGAGCUGACGUCCCUGGUGCUUCAGGCUCGACGUCCGGAUACCAAGCAAAAGAAGUUUCCGCGCAGAUUCAAAGUCAGGACGCAAUUGUUGCAGCUCAGCAUUUAAUUAUCGAGGAGGGCGCGGAUUAUGGCCUCGAAGACUCUGCUCCGACGGUACGAGAGGUGAUCGAAGAGGCGGCACCAGUGCAUGUUGAAAGUCUAGCGUCAGCUUCGCGGAGCCGGGUCACAACGUCGGAGGCCGUUCUUGGGUCCUCGUCCAAUUUGAAAAACUCGAGUCCGCGCGAGACGGUCACACUUGAUGCCGGGUCUUCCCGCGAAUCCUUGUUUCCUGCAGGAUCAUACAGCCACGCCGCGAAUGAAAUCGCUCCAGCUUCGGUGGAGUGCCUGCUUUCGCAGCCGAAGCAGCGCUCAACCAAAAUUGUUGCGAGGAAUUUGGAUGCAGGUCACGCUCUUGACACGCUUGAGAUGCAUGACCUUGACGUUGAGAAAGAGAAGAAGAGGAUCAAGGCGCAACCGAAAGAAGCUGAUCACCUGAGUUCUUCAUUCGCAUCGACGUACAGGACAGGCCGCGUUUCUGGCAGCCGCAAAUCCUCUCCUGUUUUUCAAGGUCAGGACUUCCUACGCUUGUCGAGCCGCCCGCGUUCGCCCGCUAACAGUACGGUCAUGCAGCAAAACGGUCCGCCUCCUCCGAAUGUGACGGUUGGGAAGUCGCGCACAAUCGGUGGAGUAACAAAAUGGUCCUCUUUUACAUCUGACCCACAACAGCAAGAGAAGGCAAAGUCGACUCGCCGGCGCACCACCUCUGGUGCCUCGCUCGCGGCAGUGCAAGGCUCGAUCGCAGACGACUCACCGAAGGAGGAAACGACCACUCUUGAUUCCAUUCGCGCUGGCGCACGUAGUAGUGUGACGCAGCGGAAACAGGCGAGCCAGACCGACUAUACAAGAGCCCGAAGCGGUCGGGCGCGAGCGAUCUCUGCGCUGGCGAACGGAACACCGUCGGAAUCGGAGAUGGUCCAGCUUGCACAGGAUCGUGACGUGCAAGCACGUCAAGGUAAGUCUCGCGAUUUACAACUGUUCGAUAACAAUCCGAACCGCGUCUCCAGUGCGAAAACGUUCGAUUCCCCUAUGGGGCAAAGGGACCAGCACCAUGACGACAUGAAUCCAGAACUGUCCUCCCUGAUGUUCCACUCGCUCUCCAUGUCCGCAGGAGAUAUCUCGCUAUCGCCGAUGAAAAAAGAUGAAAAACGCUCCGAGGACGAUGAGACCACGGACUUGACCAACGGCCGCAAAAUGACUGCUGCCCAACGAACCCGAUCGCCGAAGCCAGUUCUGCCGGCUCAAACCCAGAGCCUUCUUCUACGACCGAGAACAAGGAGUACUCUGUCGAAGGCGGAUGCAAAUCAUCUUGCCCGCUCCAAAACCUUGCCGACCACGUCACCGAAGGUGCUGGGAACGCGGCCGCGCUGCUUGGUGCAGGCUUUUUUGCCGAGCAAGUACGAGAUGAAGGCAAAAGUAGAGCCAGCUGAGAUUUAUUCAGAAAUGCGGUCGCCUUCGUCCGGUACUGCAAACAAACUCGAUCAGUCGCAUCAUCUGCUGCGCCCGGCCCUGGAUCGCAGUCGCAGCCGGUCUUUUUCCCCUGUUGUGCAAGUGCAAAGUAGAAACAGUGCCGCCGCUGACCGAGAAGUCUCGGAAGUAGAUGCGAUCGGAAGGAGCUUCCAGACGAGACAGCAGAGCAGGCCGACGAGUCUGGUCCAACGAUUGCCAUCGACGACCGCGCCUUCUCCCGGCGUCGAGGCCGCUUUGUCGCUCCGGCACCACCUCACCUGGAUCACCGUUGUAGACGGCGACCAGCAGGCCCUGACCGUGCGGUACUGCGAGGACGUCGUGCAAGAGGUGCUUUGGCUGGAUCUGGUUUUCCACGAGGAGUCUUUAUUUCAAUCCCUGUCCGUAGAGUCAAUUGCCGCUGCACUUGCCGAACAAAACUUCGACGUGCACGAGUGCGAAAAACUGCUUGCCGACUCCGUCUUUCGCGUGCUGGUGAAGGAUCUCUCGGAAAGCACCGCAAAGUUCACCCUGGACAGCACCCUGAAGAGGUUGCAAGCGAUCUUUUGCACAGCCGCUUACAAGAAUCACAGCACGAACGGAAGCAGCGCUGGUAGCCCGUUCUGGUUUUCGUUGCAAGAGCACGACCACACUCUGGCGGCGAAGCGGUUCCUGGAUCGGCAGAGCGACUUGGCGUUCUUUCGGGACGCGAGGUCUGUCGCGCGAUCGGUGGCGCAAGACAUGGCAGGGUUGGAUCGCAUUCUGCAAAACAAGAAUCGCAGUCUGAUGGGACAAGAGGAAGCGACUGGUGUUGCGAAUGAUGAAAGUGACCUUGCGUCUUUUCCCGAAUCGAACGAAAUGUCCAGCGCGGAAGUCAACUAUGACGCCCGUCCGUUGUUUCUGAACGACAACGAGAGCGACGCUGAAGCUGCAAGUCGUCGAGAGUUGAUUCGCUUGGCCGAGCCGGCCGCCGCACAGACCCCGGACUCGACCACCGGCCUCUCAGAGGAGACACUUUCGAACCCGAUUUCCUCCACGAAGCACACGCCGGUGGACGAUCUGGAAAUCUUAAACGUCGAGCAAGUCGAAGCGGAACUUGCACAAUUGCAGCGAGACGGGUCGCUGCAUGGAGAAAACUUUGCGGCUUCUCGUCAUACCCGCGAGCAAAGCGUGGUUGUUCUCAACGACCUGUACCAGUCUGCGGUGUCCCACAAUGCUCCGGAUCAUGGUGUUGACAACUUUCAGAGCUUCGCCUCCAUUUCCGCAAGCGACGACGAGCCUUUGGUAAUUGACCAGAAUCUUGCAGUCGAAGGCCCUGACGCGACGAAUGAAAGUAUGGUCUCCCUAGAGCCGCUACCAGCCGAGACCAUUGAAGAACGGAGUACAAGCACGCGGUCAGUGGCGUCUCGGACUUCAGGUCGACCGUCGCGAAGUGGAAGCAUCUUCAGAUCACCAGGACCCAAUGAUUCGCCGAAAGAACAACUGGUCAGUAACCGCUCGCGGACGCGAUCUUCGAUUAGCAGAGCCAGCGGCAAGAACAGUCGCCCUCCUUCGCAGCAUCGGGUCAGCUUUGUGGAGGAUUUGGAAAUGUCACCGCCGGUGGUGCUAUUGAACGAGAAGAAGAAGGCAACUUCCCCGUCCAGCGACCAGAAACGGAGAGCCAUGACCAGCAAAAAGGCGAAGUCGAUGGUGGUUUCGCAGAGAAGGAAAGAUUUGGACGAGCAGAGUGAAAAAGUGAACGCUCAGCGCCGCGCUACCGCCUCGGCGGUGCUCGCACCUACGAAGAGGUCAACGUCGUCUCGCGUGAAAACGACGAUGAUUACUGACGACGCUCCACUGCGGAAGACAAGCAGCAGUGUGAAGAAGCCUGUAACAGUUUUUGCAGCGGCAAGCGCUGUUGACGUUGAUGAGAAGCCGAAGCCAACAACGAGGACCACGCUGCUCGAAAUGGAAGAAGGGGAUGGUGAUCUAGUCAAGCGCAUUGAUCCCACGAGAAGCGGAUCGCUCCAGAUCGACAAGAUGACGACUGAAAAGGAGUUGGUGCGAGUGGUGCCGUUGCCAAAAGCGGAUGCCAUUACAGAUUCUGUCUCCAAUUACGCACCUGGCGUAGUUCCAUGUGAAAGCUACAUCACGAAAAGAGAAGCAAGCCCCGUCGUGUCCCUGAAAAGUGAGCCCGCUGGUACGCAGAAGUCGAUCGUGGUUAUUGCUGAGGAGAAGCACCAAGAGGAUCAUCUCUCCAAUGACGCUGUGCAACUGCAGCACAACGAAGCUGUAGAGGCAGAAGUGCUUUUCCAGGAGGACGUUGAUAAAAAGUCAUCCUCUGCCGCUUCUUCCUCGGUUUUCUCUUCUGAGACCGAUUCCGUGUCGUCCUCCUCCAGAACGGGCAGCUCGUCAUCUUUCACCGGUAGUUCGAGCGCAAGUGGGUCGAGCUCGUCUGCAUCCUCUUCUAGCGCUUACAUGUACUCGAGAGCGAGCUCCUUCUCGUCUUCCUCAUCCUCAAAUGUCACCGGUGUUGCGUUAGCGGCAGGGCCUGAAGAACAGAACGGGGAAGGAGUUCAACAAGUUUCAUCAUCCAUGUCUGCAGCCACUGCUGCUCCGUCAGGUGGUCUACUACAAGCAAAGUCUCCUGAUCCACUCUUCUCUAGCACGAUCAAGAAUUUUCAGCACACGCAGCAGCGUUUGCAACAGGAGCAAGUCGACCACGUCCCCUCGAGCCUUUGGAGCGACAAGUUUUACAUCGCCGGUCGAUUGCCCAUAUUCCAAGCGCAGACCGAGCUGAAGCGCGAGAUCGAGGCCCACCAGGCCUUCUACCUGAGCUCUUUUCUAAAAAGCGAGGAGUUCCACAAGCAGAGCUACUGGGAGCACCUGUUUUCGCUGUUUAACGUGAACAAACUGCCGAUGUUGAAAACCGUUUUCGGCUACCCGCUCGUUUUGCUCGUACUGAACUGCGUGAGGAAUGGGCUUGAGUGCCUGCUGGUGAAGAAAGCAGAGCACUUGGCAUGGAACGGAUCUGCAGGAGGUGCAGUUGCUGGGUCCUUCAACCAGAAGUCAACAACGUGCUUUCUGGAGCAGCAGAGCACGAAGAAGGAUAAAGCGGCCGCAGCCACUUGGAGCAGCUACACUGCUGUGCGGAGAUACUUGUUGGAGAAGGUGCGGAAGAACGACGGUGAGGUUUUCCGGAAGCUCAUCGAGUUUGUGGAGAAUUGCGAUGUGGGCAGUGAGAGUGACGGCGCUGCUUCUCAACACGCAGACCAAAGAGGGAAUACUAAGUUGCAACGUGCGCAGUUGCAGCCGCCGCAGAGCGCUCCGAUGGACCUGGCUUACGUUUCUCUGCUGGUCUUGCGUGGCCUGGUUGAACUGUUUGUUGUCUCCAAAUCCAGCGCCGCAGGAAAAAAAGAGUCUGAUGCGAACAAAACGAAAAGAGCCUCUUCCCGGACGACCACAAACUCCACGCGGAAUUCGACGGCUUCAAAAAACGAUCGAAAUUCAACAUCUUCGACCCGAGGCUCCAGGAUUUCAUUGCGCAACCUCGUCCGAGGUCGUGCGUCCACGCUGCUAUUCCAGGGUGCCCAACAAACAGGGAACGGGGAAGAUGGCAGCGACACCGAUGAAGCGGAGCAUCCAACCAGUGUCGGCACGGUUCAAGAGCUUUUUUUCGACUACACUUCAGGGGCAAAUUCAGUUGCUGAAGACCAAACUCUAGCUGCAGUAAGUGCGAAUAAUAGUGGUCCUGCCUCUGAUCUCGUGGCCGUUCUGAGUUCACACUCCGCCAAGAUUUUGACGGUAGCUGUGAAAAUGAGUGACCCUUUGGGCCGGACGAACCCGCUCGAGGCGAUCAUCGUCAGAAGACCGAUUUUGCUGCAGCUGAGGCCGGUGAUUCUGACGCUCUGUCGGAUCUUCGAAACCAAAAGUGGCACUACUCCGGGACCUGUUCUUGAUAAUCUUGUCGACCAAGAAUCUGGUGUUGCUGACACGAUUUCACCCGCUGCUAAUCUGGUUGACAUUCUCGCAGCAGCGCAGUUGCAGCAGCAGAAGUUGUCCUCUACUUCCACCGCGCCGCAUGAGCCGAAGAACCUCUACCUCACGGCGUUGUUGAGUCGGCAGGACGAGGAGCAGCACUCAUAUUCCGAGAAGAACCCUAACAUCGAAACCGCAUUUCUGACUGCGCUCGCUGCUGUGACAUUCGUGACCACAAAACCCGCACAGCAGAAGAGUGGAUCGGUCGAUACGUUCGCAAUCGCGGUGGCCGGGGAAGUCUCCGUCGCACUGAUCAGAUUGCUGCAGUUGCUGUCGAAUGAAAUGAAAAAGAGCUCUUUGGGGCCCGGUGCAACCGAGGUCGGCGAAUCGACACGUGGUUCGAGCGAGCGCCUCUCGACCCGCUUGUCCAACAUGAUUUCACGAGGAGGGCGGGAUAGUUUCAGGCAGAGCCAGCGCGAAACUAACGACGUCAAUACCGCGACUACGCCAACGUCAAACGCUGCUCAGCAGCAACAGCGCGCGGAUUUGCAAUUACUCUUGUUCGCGGAACACCUAGUGCCGAAUUUCGUACUACGCUUCCUCACCAACGGACAGUUUCUACUGUCGAAAGUGGUCAAAAUCGGAUUCGUCCUCUCCGAUUUUCUACAGCAAACAACGGAGCAGCAAAAACACUCGCUUGUGAAGGACUUCAAAUUUAUCGAGCAUGUCAUUUUUUCCUUUGGAAAAAGCUUUUUGCAACUCGGCCAGGAGCUGAUUCGCAUCACUUUCGCGUCAACGAAAAAGGAUUUGAAUGGAGCUGCAGACGUUGGAAUUGGCAGCCCGACGCCCGCUUCGAUCGCAGAGCAAGCGGAAGCUUCUGUGCAGGAACAGCAGCAGCAGGUGGAAAAGUUGCAUCAGCAACGACUGCGGGUGUUCCGCAUGUUCGUCUUGUUGCUGCAGGCGGUCAACACGCCGAAGUUGCAGAAAUCCAUCGUGGCAACGUUGGAGAAGUUUUUGGUUGAGAAACUCAUCAUCGACUCGUUUCUGGGGAAGACCGUGGUCACGACGACAAAUACGACGUUGCCAGCGCAGAUUAUGCCGCUCAAAAACUUUCAGCAACUGGUGGAAUUGAUUGGCGUGGGAUCGGGUGGCGGUGCGGCGAGUGUGGCGCCUAACUACGCGGAGCGGAAUAUUGUAAGUAGUUGA